UAUCUCUUCUUCUGACAUGCCGUUUCAUUCCGACUCCUCCCAAUCCAAUCACCAAAACCAAAUUCAUGAGCUUGUUCUACGUCGCCAUGACCAAACCCAACUUCUUCUUUCUCUUUCUUGCGUCUCUCCUCUUCUCGUCUCAUCACUCCUCCUUCACCAUUUGCAGUGCAGCAGUCAAGGACUCUGAUGAAGUUGGUGAUGAAACUCCAUUUACUUAUCUUGAAGGAACUGGUAAAGGACCAAAGAAAUGGGGACAAAUUGACCCUCAUUGGAAAGUUUGUGAUACUGGAAAAUUGCAGUCUCCAAUCGAUCUUCUUGACCAAAGGGUGCAAGUUUUCCCUCACUUGGGGAAAUUGAUAAGGGAUUACAAACCAGCUCCUGCUACUGUGAAGAACCGAGGUCAUGACAUCACGAUGAGGUGGAACGGAGAUGCAGGAAAAAUCAACAUAAAUGGGACUGAUUAUAGACUGUUACAAUGUCAUUGGCACUCACCCUCUGAACAUACGUUUAAUGGAACAAGGUAUGCUUUGGAGUUUCAUGUUAUUCAUUUAAGCUCUACCGGAAAGAUUGCUGUAAUUGGAAUUGUGUACAAAUAUGGUCGACCUGAUCCCCUCCUUUCAAAGCUAUUCCACCACAUAAAAUCGGUUGGGAAAGAAGAGGAGGUUGACAUAGGGGUUAUUAAUCCUGGGGAUAUUAAGUUCGGAAGCAGAAAGUAUUACAGAUAUAUCGGUUCUCUUACCGUUCCUCCGUGCACCGAGGGAGUAAUUUGGACAAUCGUCAAAAAGGUGAGGACAGUUUCAAGGGAGCAAGUGCAUGCACUAAGGGAGGCUGUACAUGAUGGAUUCGAGAUGAAUGCAAGGCCGACUCAAGAAUUGGAUGGAAGACCAGUGCUGUUAUACACUCCAAGGGACAAUGGAGGUUCUGCUUAAUUAGUGUCUAAUUACAUUAGAGAGGGAUAUGCGUGCUUUUUCUUCUUUACCCAUAUAUAUUGAAAUUGAAGUUUAAUAGUUUCCCACUUAUUGAAUGUUGGUUAUAUGCAUCA